GUUUUUGUUGGAGAGCCUCACCUCGAUGCUACAUUCUUAUCCUCUGCCAUUAUAAAACCACCUCCCAGCUGCUGCCUGGUGAGUUUAAUCCUGRUUUUAUCCAACAUCAUGGCCAUGCUCAGAGUCUCUUCUUACCGCAAAAUGUUUGAGGACCACAGGUGGGGUGGAAACGGAGGGYUGGGGGCGCCGUGUGCCGGACAGUACCGGGCCUCUGUCAGAGGUGCAGCUGUUGAUAAAUGUGGCUGUGAGCAGUUAAACUUUGAAGCUGCAGAGGWUCUGAACAGAGAGGGUUUGAAGAGGUUUGUCCAGGAGCGCGCCGCCAUCGCUGACCUGAACGACCGCCUGCUCAAACUCAUCGAACUGGCUCGCCGUUACGAAGAGGAGAACGAGUUUCUGGAAUGUCAGAUCGCAGAGGAGAUGAGCCCUGAACUCACUCCCUCCAGCAUCACCUUGGCUGUGGAAAAGCCCCACGACAGUGUGGAGGCGGCGGUGGAGAGACUGCGCCGACAGAAGGACGAGGUUCUCCACRACACGGAGGAGCUAAAAGCAGAGCUUGAACGUUUGUUGAAGGAGCACGAGAAGGCCGCUCAUCAGAGGGCCCUCGUUCAGCAGGAUCAACAAGCUGUUUCAGAGGAAGUGGAUGCUGUGACAGCCGAGUGUUUGGCUCUGAGGGAACAAGUUGCCAUCUACGAGGAACAGCUGGCGCACAUGGAGGCGCAGCACAAGACGGAAGUAGGGAGUCUGCUGAAGCCAGAUGAAAGAACUCUGGGAGCGGCGCUGAUUAGAUUUGGCAGCCCUGACGUCACUCCGGCCUUGAAUGUAAAGGAGUUCUACAUCCAGCUGGCUGAGAGCCUCCAGUUUGAGUGCGGUGCGUCCUCCUCUUCUGUGGCUCAUAAAGGUGAUGGAAAGAAACAGGAAGUGGGAGGAACUGCGGGGUCAAAGGUCAGAGACCUGCCAGAGAUAAAUGACGUGAACGAGUUGAAGACGCUGAUUUCAGAGCURCAGAAAGAGCUGGCUGAGCUCCAGAAGUUUAAGCAGGAGUUGGAAGACGAGGUUGAGAUGAAGACGGCUGCACACGUGGACGAAGUUGAAGAGUUGGAGUGUGCUAUAGAUGAAAUAAAACAGCGGGAGGCUGAGCUCAAGGCGCAGAUGAACGAGCAGUGCGAAGACAACAAGGAGCUGCUCUACGAGAAGAUGGCGAGAGACAUGGAGAUUUCUGCUUACAGGAGUUUGAUGGAGGAGGAAGAGGAGCGGCUGUGCAGCCUGUGAGUAAAAACCCGAAGACUGCGAUCUGACUGGAUGGAUUUCGGCUGGAUGUUUCUCUGACACGUGGAUUAGAAAACGGACAAAAACUAAACAUGAAAAACAAAAACAGAUCCCAAAGCAGCACCUUGAUAAAGCUUGAGGUUCGACGCAGCGGUUUGACUUAAUGUAUGCUUAUCAUGACAGAUUGUUGCUGUCUGGAGGACUAAGCCGGGCCGUUGAUAACGGGUCGCCUGGCAGAUGACCCGGAGGCUUCUGAGAAAGAUGGACCUGUCAAGAACUUAUACGAGGGCUGGAUUUUAUCUUCACCAGCACACUGUUUCUUAAAUGUUUUGUCCCGUCUUUGUCGAACAACGUGGCUCCUCUGAGUCACUUCUGCUCGGACACCACCUCGUUCAUCACCCCACCUCUGUCUGAUAAUUGGCUCUUAACCUUUGAGCUCUCCUCUGUUAUCAAACCUACUGACAGGCCUCUCCUCUGUAACUAAAAGCAUCUCGCCUUCCUUUUGUUUUAACAGACAUAUUUUCAAGUUGCUUCUGACAGUAAAGUGUGCAGCGCUCUUGCUUUUUUUUUCUUUUCCCCUAAUGGUUCAUGAUGUUCAUGUUUUUCUGCACCUGGAUUUUGCAACAAGAAAAGACUGAGUGAUUCAUUAUUUCCUCUUUGAAAAUCAGUGUCCCAAUUUGCUGCCAUUUCAGGAGUAAGUGCUUGGUGCAUUUCCCUCUAAUCUCAACGCUGGAGCUUGUCUGUUCUAAAUCAUUUCUGGUUCCUGCCUCUGCAGAAGCAUUAAAACGUCCAUGAGACAUAGAACAAAUAAAACUAGUUGCCCGAGA